UUCGAAGAUCGAAAUGCUACAGAACUGUCAGGCAUCGUUUUAUUCCGUUCUUUCAAUAAAAUCAAUUUGGUUCUAUGAUCUGAAAGUAUAAUAGCUUGAUGAUUCAAAUACGUUAGAAGUGUUUUCAAUAUAUUCUUCCAGUCGAUGGUCAUUCACGGACUUGUGCACUUUUAAAGUCUGUAGUGUUAUCAGUUUAUGACAAGAUGUAUUUACUAUUUAUAAGCAUAUUAGCUGUCGGUUACUUCAUCUGGGAACUGAUUGAUAGACAAGGAAAGCCUCCUGGUCCUCUCGGCUGGCCAGUAGUUGGCUAUCUUCCGUUUAUUGACUCAAAAAAACCUUAUGUGACUCUGACACAGUUAGCCAAUAAGUAUGGCCCAAUCUACAGCCUUCGAAUGGGUAAAGUGUAUACCGUUGUAAUCACCGAUCCUAGUCUUCUUCGCGAUAUUCUGAAACGGGACGAAUUCACUGGAAGAGCCCCCCUUUAUAUAACUCAUGGCAUUAUGGGGGGCUAUGGAAUCAUCUGCGCAGAAGGGGAUUUGUGGCGCGACCAGCGGCGUCUGUCUAUUGAAUGGCUACGUAAGAUGGGCAUGACGAAAUUCGGUUCGUCGCGUUCGAUGCUCGAGGCUCGCAUCAUGUCUGGUGUGAAUGAACUCUUAGAGGAUUUGAGAAAAGAAUCGAAUACACGGGAUGCCUUUGAUCCUGCACCACUUAUUCACCACAUUCUAGGAAAUCUUAUGAAUGACCUCGUGUUCGGGCUGACGUAUGAACGCGAUGAUGAUAUAUGGCAAUAUCUACAAAUUCUGCAGGAAGAAGGCGUCAAAUAUAUUGGUGUCUCGAUGGCGGUUAACUUUCUUCCAUUUUUAAGGCAUUUACCCUCUAGCAAAAAAAUAAUAGAUUUUUUGGUAAAAGGUAAAAAAAGGACUCAUGAAAUUUACGAUUCAAUUAUUAACAAUCGGCGCAAAAUACUUCAGCUCAGUGCAAAAAACAAGGUCAACGAACUACCUAACGAAUGUAUAUUAUCAAAUUUCGUUAAAGAAACCAUUCGCAGGGAAACAGCUAAAUGUCCAGAAGUUGUUUUUUGUAGCGAUUCUCAGUUGAGGCAUCUUUUGGCUGAUCUUUUUGGAGCAGGAGUUGACACGACAUUUACUACCCUCCGUUGGUUGUUACUUUACGUAGGGCUUCACAAAGACGUUCAGCGGAAAUUACGUGAAGAGCUCUACAACCAGCUUCUUGCUGCUCCUACUUUGGACGACGUUGAUUCGUUGCCAUAUCUUAAAGCAUGCGUAGCAGAGAUUCAGCGCCUGCGGACAGUUGUGCCAUUAGGGAUUCCUCAUGGAGCAAAUUCGAAUACUACCAUUGCUGGCUACAAAAUACCCAAAAACACAAUGAUUAUACCACUUUUGUGGGCCAUCCACAUGAAUCCAGGGCUUUGGUCUGAUCCGGAACAUUUCAACCCAGAGCAUUUUCUUAAUGACUCUGGUCACUACAGUGCUCCUAAUUAUUUUAUGCCUUUUCAAACUGGAAAACGAAUGUGUUUGGGUGACGAACUAGCUCGAAUGAUUCUGUAUCUUUACACAGCACACAUUUUCUGGUGCUUUGAGUUAGAAGUAUUAUAUAACGAUCCACCUGACUUAACGGGCAUAUGUGGUAUUACACUAGCGCCUUCGGAAUAUAAAAUAAUCUUCAAGCACGACCCCCUCAGGAAAUAAAAAAAAUCUGCGUUGUUUAUUUAAAUACCCGGAUUGUUCCAUUUAUUGGUGUUGAUGAAUAACUGAGAUUCAAAACAGAAUACUUUUCAUUUAAUAGCUGUUCGAUAUAAAUAAUUUAAUUAGAAUACAGAUUUCAACUGCAAAAUAUAUUUAUACAUAAGAA